UUUUUUAUUGUCAUUUUAUUUGUGCUCUGCCGCAGCAACAGCAACAAUUGCGAUAGCAACAACAACUUCUGGGGGGAAGUAGAACUCGCUGACACAUGUACAGACAUCGCUAACCAAAUAAUUAGAACAAGUGUCGUAGUACAAGUAGUAAAUUACCUACAAGUUGUCAAACGAAGGUCAAAUCAGAUUGGUUCAAUAAUUUCAUCACCGAAACCAAACUAUUUAUUACUCGCGUAUAAACGUUGAAUUGUCAUACCUGGCAUACAUACUCUAGUGCAUAAUAUUUUACUCAAUUAACAGUUAUCCCGUCCAAACGAAAUGGCCGUCAAUGUAAAAGCCCUGCUGGCCAUGAUGUUCGUCUUCAUCGGCUGCUGCAGCAAUGUGGUCUUCCUGGAGCUGAUUAUACAAAUUGAUCCCGGUGCUGGCAAUUUAAUUACAUUCUCUCAGUUCCUAUUUAUUGCCCUGCAAGGUCUUAUAUUUACCUCAAAGUUCUUUACGGUGAAGCCGAAAAUUGCCUUCAAGGACUAUUUGAUAUUGGUAGCAUUGUUUUUCGGUGCGAAUGUGUGUAAUAAUUAUGCAUUUAAUUUCAAUAUAGCCAUGCCGCUGCACAUGAUCUUUCGCAGUGGAUCCCUGAUGGCCAACAUGAUAAUGGGCAUUAUAUUGCUAAAGAAACGCUAUAAUUUCCGGCAAUAUACCUCAGUGGCUAUGAUCACGGCUGGCAUUGUGUUAUGCACUCUGGUAUCUAGCGGCAAUGUCCAGGACAACACACAUCCCACCCUAAAAGUUGAGACAUCUUUCUCCGACUUCUUCUGGUGGUCGGUGGGCAUUGCCCUGUUAACAAUUGCCCUGCUGGUGACCGCCUAUAUGGGCAUCUAUCAAGAAGUGAUAUACAGUAAAUACGGCAAACAUCCGAAUGAAGCUUUAUUCUUUACUCACAUGUUGCCAUUGCCCGGUUUCUGCAUCAUGGCCACCAACAUAUAUCAGCACUUCAAUGUAGCCAUAGCAUCGGAAACUGUGGCUGUUCCCCUGGUUGGAUGGCAAUUCCCACUGAUGCUUUUCUACCUCGCCUGCAAUGUGAUUACCCAAUAUGUGUGUAUUAGAGCUGUCUAUGUGUUGACAACUGAAUGCGCCUCCCUAACUGUGACCCUUGUGGUUACGCUUAGGAAAUUCGUGUCGCUUCUCUUCUCCAUUAUGUAUUUCCGUAAUCCAUUCACAAUUAACCAUUGGAUUGGCACCAUACUGGUCUUCUUCGGCACCAUCCUGUUUGCUAAUGUCAUCGCCCAGGUGAUUGAGGCAUAUCAGAACCGUUCCAAACAGCAACUCGACACAGCUCCUCUGACCAAACGAGCAAAGAAGGUGGAAUAGAUCAUACGGAUAUACAUACAGUCAAUACGCCACACAUUGUGCCACCAAGAGGCCAUCAUGCAAUAAGAUAUACGAUUUUUUGCUUAGUGCUAUUUAAUUAAUUCGGUUGUAAAUAUAGUGUAACUCUCUUUGUACAUACGCCUAGUUUCGUAUCUUUAUAAAAUGUGUCGCAAAUGUUUCUCUGUUUUUUAUUAGAACUUUUUGAAAAAUAAAAUUUUAUUAAUUAAA